AUGAGCUCGAAACUGUUUAUGGUUACUUGGAGAUUUCUUAUUGAUUUCCCUCGCAACUCCAUACAUCUUGAUGACACUGGAUCUUCUCCCCAUGCUAUGGCCAAGUGGCGACUUGUAGUGGAUAAAAAAGAUCUCCACGAAGAUGCCGCACACAUCUAUAAUCGAAUAAUCAGCCAGAGCAAGGAGUAUUCACAUACAACAGUUCUGCACGAUGUGGUACUCGGAUAUCAAAAUAUGAGCCUAACAGCAGCUCUUGAGCUUGAUCCCUCAUCUAUUAACAUGAUCAACGACUGCGGAUGCAAUCCGUUGCACUGGGCCGCCUGGAAAAACGAUAUCAGCGCUGUUAGCCUUCUACUCUCUUGGAAAGCUGACCUAGACGUGAGAGACCAUGAAGGCAGGACUGCCCUGUCAAUUGCCGUCGCCGCCACAAAACUGCAGUGUACUGAGGUACUGAUAGAAGCUGGAGCAGAUGUCAACGCCAAGGAUAAAUGGAACUGGACACCAUUGUUCCUAGCUACAAGUGAGUAG